AUGGCUUCACAAUCUAAAGCCGGUGCUGCUGCCGCCGCCACCGCUCUGGGAUCUAGUGCGCCUGCUCCCGCGGACACUGCUGCACAGACGUCGCCGACCGCUGAGACCGGUGCAGCAACUGCCACCCAACCUACCACCACUUCAGCCGAAACGACCUCGUCGCCGGCGCCUGCUCCUACCACAUCCACUACAGCUGAACCGACUACCACCAGUAGCACUAAGAGCAGUACUAGUACCACGCACACGACUGAGCCUACCACGUCGACCGAGUCUACGGCCGCUCCGUCCACAUCCACAUCCUCCACCUCCACCUCUUCCACUUCUUCCACUACAACCGCUCCGUCCACCACCUCGGCUCCCGAGACGACCACGUUCUCAUCGAUCUCCAGUGGCAGCCAGGGAACCACUGUGGUUUAUAUCACCUCCAUUCAAUCACAGCCAUCUAAUACCGGUGCCGCGUCUGUCAGCGCAACCGAUUCGGCCGCGCUCGCAACCUCCACCGGAGCUGCAGGCUCCUCGGGCGGUCUUUCUCCGAGCGGCACAAUCGCCGUCGCCGUCGUUGUCCCGGUUGCCUCGGUGGCAUUGAUCAUCUUGGCACUGCUCUUCUUCUGGCGUAAGCGCAAGGCGAACAAGGCCGCCGAGGAGGAGCGCCGCAAGGAAGUGGAGGAGUACGGAUUCAACCCAAACAACGACCCAACCCUUCCCGGUAUGGGAGGCGUUGUGAUCCCCAAGGACGACGAAUCCUCCGGCUACCGCGGCUGGGGAACCACCUCUGCCGGGCGCAAGGCUUCCACCAACCUCUCCAGUGGAAUGGGUGGCCUAGCCAUGUCGGAAGGCAGCAGCCCCGGUUAUCACCACGGCGCAACACCCAGUGAAGGCACCGUUCAAUAUUCCGAUGGUACCCGGCCCGACUCCGGUGAGAUUGUUGAACCAAUUGGCGUGCUGGGUGCCGCCCCAGUGGCUGCAAACAACCGUAACGGCGACAUCCACCGCGGCCCCUCCAACGCAUCUUCCGCUUACUCCGCAGCCAACCGGUCUGAGGCGUCGGAGGAAAGUCACAUGUCCGCUGCCCACCCCUCUGGUGGUUACUACGGUGAGAACCCGUACUACGGCGACAUCAACACACACGGCGCAUAUGGCGGCGAAGACUACCAGCCUGUGAUCCGCGAUGUCCAGGCGCGCCGCAACACCCGUAUCGAGAAUCCCGGUGUUUAUCCACGACAGGGGAAUGCCGGUAUCGCCCAGAACUUCUAA